AUGCAUGUCACGGUGAGAUGCGCAUGCAUGUCGAGGCCGCUUCUCCCCGUGCGCAGGACGCAAGCGGGCAAGCGGGGAACCGGAGAGGGCGCGAGUGACGGUGUUGGAGCGCCCAGUGCUACGGGAGUUGAGCUGGGAACCGGAGAGGGCGUCCUCGUUCCCCCUUCGCCUCGUUCCGCCCCCCCUCGUUCCUCCCCCCUCGUUCCUCCCCCCUCGUUCCUUUCCCCUCGUUCCUUCCCGUCGUCCCUUCCCCCUCGUUCCUUCCCCCUCGUUCCUUCCCGUCGUUCCUUCCCCCUCGUUCCUUCCCCCUCGUUCCUUCCCUCUCCCCUCGUUCCUUCCCUCUCGUUCCGCUUUCCUCAUUUCCCCUCGGUUUCCGCGCUGCAGGCGGAAGAGCAAGGCGUUUCCGUGCUGCAGGCGGAAGAGCAAGGCGUUUCCGCGCUGCAGGCGGAAGAGCAAGGCGUUUCCGCGCUGCAGGCGGAAGAGCAAGGCGUUUCCGCGCUGCAAGCGGAAGAUCAAGGAGUUUCCGCGCUGCAGGCGGAAGAGCAAGGCGUUUCCGCGCUCAUCCCUUCCCCUCGUCCCUUUCUCUUGUCCUCCUCACCCCCCUCCAGCCGGUGCAAGCAAUGCAACGCCGCCGCCGCCGCCGCCGCCGCCGCCGCACGCCUCGGCGCUAAUGCGGGCGGCCAUGGGGCGCUGCAGUGGCACCAAGGCACGGCCACUUGGUAA